GAGCUGUGAUUUGGUACCUGGAGUGAGAAGGGCAGCUAAAACGGAGAAACGUAUCAACAGCGAAAAUGUAUUUAGACCAGCUACAGCAAUCAACAAAACACCCCGUAAUAUGAACCAAAGAGAACAACAAAGUUAUAUUACGGUGCUAGAAUAGUUAGGCAUACUUAGACGCGAAUUUCGAAUUUGAAGGUUUGGCUAUGACGUCUCACAUUCUUUUGGGAAAUAGGCUACUGGGAGGAAGUAGCAGAUAGCCGGUUCUAAGUUCUCUCUAGUUCGCCACAACCAGCCAGGUUAGCAGACAUAAGUUUCCUAAGACUAACUUAACUAAAACCAAAACUAUCACUGUCUUGCCGUUCUUAAGGUUAUAAUUGUUAGUGAGUAGGUAGCCUACGCUAGGUAAAGUCAUAAGUUUUGUUCGGCCAAGACAUGCUCUGAAACUUAAUUUGACUUUGGGAAUGACUUUCGAAAGCCUUAAACAUUCUGCCAUCCUAUCAACUUUGUUUAAAAUGGCUGACGAUGUCGACAUAAUGGGAGCGUCUGAGUUUAUUAAAGAACGACUGUAUUUUGCUACACUGAGAAGCAAGCCCAAAAGCACAACAAACACGCACUACUUUUGCACGGAUGACGAAUUCAUUUAUGAAAAUUUUUAUGCUGAUUUUGGACCCCUCAAUCUUGCCAUGCUGUACCGGUACUGUUGUAAACUCAACAAAAAACUAAAGUCUUUUACAUUGACCAGAAAGAGGAUUGUCCACUACACCAGCUUUGACCAGAGGAAAAGAGCUAAUGCUGCUGUCCUUAUUGGUGCAUACUCUGUAAUCUACCUAAAGAAGACACCAGAGGAGGCAUACAAGGCUCUGAUUUCUGGCUCCAAUGCAUCAUAUCUGCCAUUCAGGGAUGCUUCCUUUGGAACUUGCACAUACAAUCUAACCAUUCUUGAUUGCCUUCAAGGAAUCCGGAAGGCCCUUCAGCAUGGUUUCUUCACCUUUGAGACCUUUGAUGUGGAUGAAUAUGAGCACUAUGAGCGAGUUGAGAAUGGUGACUUCAACUGGAUAGUGCCAGGAAAGUUGCUGGCCUUCAGCGGACCCCACCCCAAAAGUAAAGUGCAAAAUGGUUACCCACUGCAUGCUCCUGAGGCCUACUUCCCCUACUUCAGGAAACACAACGUGACUACAGUGGUGCGGCUUAACAAGAAGAUCUAUGACUCAAAGCGUUUCACAGAUGCUGGUUUUGACCACCAUGAACUAUUCUUUGUGGAUGGUAGCACUCCCAGCGACAUCAUCACUCAACGUUUUCUGCAAAUCUGUGAGAGCACUGAUGGUGCUCUGGCUGUCCACUGCAAGGCGGGCCUUGGACGAACAGGAACUCUGAUCGGUUGUUACCUGAUGAAGCACUAUCGUUUCAUGGCUGCGGAGGCCAUUGGCUGGAUCAGAAUCUGCCGUCCAGGCUCCGUUAUUGGGCCACAGCAGCACUUUCUAGAAGAAAAGCAAGCUGCUAUGUGGAUGCAGGGGGAUGCUCGACGGUCGCAACAGAAACAGUUACUGGAGAAGGGAGUGUCUCACCUGAUCUCCAGUAUGGAUGAUUUAACUCUCAGCCCAGCAAACACCAGCAUCUGCAAGUCCCCAAGCACUGACCACCUUCCAGAGAAUGACUUUGGCGAGAAUGGGUUAUGCAUGACCCAAGGAGAUAAAUUGCGUGUGUUAAAGGGUCGACGGCAACCACGGUCUCCUACCACAAGAGCCAUAAGCAGGACAAAUCUCGGAACAAACACCCAGGGACCUAUAUUCCCCGUGAAGGUCUCCAAAGUACCACCCUCUGCUUCUGCCAAAAGGAUCAGCUGUAAUUCUUCAUCGUCAUCUUUUAACCUAAAGGGUUCUUCUAUCAACUCCAGGCUUGCCAGUUCCCUAGGCAACUUGUAUGCAGUGGAAUGUAACGACAGUAGGAUGCCAUUCUCCUCUCCUUCUACCUUCUCCACAAUUUCCCCAUCAGCCAGGACCACACUUGGGCAUGGAAAAUAUGUUAAUCCCCACCAUGAGGUUAACAACAACAAUCAGUACAAUAACUCACCAACAUCUACUGCUGGCACUGCAUGCCUCAGCAAAAGCGCUGCCUAUGCCCAUGGUAGCUCAACACCCCACCAUCCUGGAGGGGCGGCGUCCCAGGAGUUGGGACACUACCGAACCCAGGAUAGAUACUUGGGGUUCAGUGGACCCUCCACUCGCCAUCUUUGCCGCUCCAUUCCAUUCCUUCAAUCUGAAUAUGACCAGUACUGAAGUCUCAGUGCAACUUGGAUAGGAUUGAACAGAGAUUUCACCCCAAUACAUCGAUCUUUGCUCAGACUUCUGUUAACUUCUCAUCAAGACAGUACUUUCUCUAAUAUCCAUCAACGUUGUCAUCUGACCUCCAUUGUGUCAUCUUUUUGAUAGACCUGCUUGUGCUUUGUGUACUCAACUACUCUCUAAGCAUCUGGAAGAGAUACAAACCCUUUUAAUCGGGUUGGCCUACAAUGUCAAUGUCUUUGAUACCUCCUUGAAGGGAAUUCCAUUGUUAUUUUAAGUUUAGGUUAAUUUCUUACACAGGUUCUCAUUUAUUUUACAUGUAUCUUCUCACUCCCUUAAUGUUGGAUGAAGUCAAUGCAAGUUAUCCAUAAUUUAAAUGAUGAUUAUGAAUAAGUAUUUAUUAUGAUUGUUAUUAUUCAUUGUAGUGGCAGAAUUGAGCAGAAACAUGUCUAAUAAUCUGACAUGAUGUAUUGAAUAGAAAAUAUUUAAGACACUAAAUAAUAAACUUUAGACACUCUGUAAGCAGUUUGGCUUAUCUGUUAUAACCUCCAUACAUAAUUUUAUAUUCUGUAUUUAUGUGCCUUAUGUACAUAAUUUAAUGUACAUUAAGCAAAUAUUUUUACAUAAAAUAUAUUUUAAAACUAUCUAUAUUUGAAAAGGGACAUUUACAUUUAGCAGACGCUCUUAUCCAGAGCGACUUACAGUAAGUACAGGGACAUUCCCCCCGAAGCAAGUAGGGUGAAAUUGCCCAAGGACACAACGUCAAUUGACACGGCCGGGAAUCGAACUGGCAACCUUCAGAUUACUAGCCCGACUCCCUCACCGCUCAGCCAUCUGACUCCCGGACCUUUUGAAGUGUUUGGAUACGAAAUACGUGGAUACGUGUUUGGAUACGAAACCAGUGUGUUUAUAUUCAUUAUGUUUUUGAUUGUACAUUAUUUUUGUCCUGGGUGAACUACACAUCACGUAUGUUGAUCAAAGUUUUGACUGUCAGCAAGAUGGUGUUGGGCUUUAGCCAGCCCCUGACCUAGAUAGGAAAUACGAGUCAAGUCAUAGCAUGGGUGUGUGUAUAAAGACACAAAAUAAAAGUAAGAAUGAAUACCU